AUGAAGUCGAUCUAUGCGGCUGAAGGAGUAUCUCCGGGGCUUCUGACGCUCGUUUUAGCUUCUGGAUUGGGUGAAGGAUCGAUUCAAAUUGUCGACCACCAUCCUGGUGGAAUAAGAGAAGGACUAACGGUUGAUACGGAGGUGGUUGAUAUUGAAAUCAGUAACAACGGGAAAGAAUCAAUUGAAACUGAAAAAACGAUCGGCGUCUCGGAUUUGCAACUUCUGGAAGCGCCCGAACAACCAACAGGACGACCUAACGCUUGUGAUAGUCGGUUGGCUGAGUGUCGGUCUGGUACUGUCCUUAAUGAGUCGCUUGAUCAGAUCGAGAUCAUGACCCCGAAUCAGCCAUAUCCCAUAGUGGUUGGAGACGUUGUUUCUGCGAGCAACGCGGCGUAUGAAACGUCAAUUCCGGAAGGCAUGUUAGGAACAGUAGGAAUGAUAGGAAAAGUAGGAAUGAUGGGGCCAACGGGAACUCGUAACACCUGCGUAUCGACGUCAACAAGAACACCCUCUGGCCCCCCCCGGGGGACAGGAACAUCCUCUGGCCCCCCCGGGGGGACAGGAACACCCUCGGUUGUAACGAUUGGACCUGAACCAUUUGCAUCGAGAACCGCUGGAUUUCGCUUCAAUAGUCGGGACUGUCUUACUGGAUUCGUGGGCAACCGUGAGUUUCGAAUUCUAGGACGGAUCGUGGAAGGCGUUCAGUCACUGGUCAGGUCGCUCCCCGAUGUCCGUGAGGUACAUGUUCCGUGUGUGAUUGUGUUGAACCGCACGGAUCGAAGCAUAAUCAAUUUGGCCUACGACGUUAGCAAUGGAACUUUCAAAUCUACGGACCAUAAUGAGGUCGUAACCUUCUCGUCCGUCACUAAUGAGGAUGUUGAGCAAACCAUUAUAUCUCUUCAGGAUUUCAACUGUGGUUUCCUGGAUGUGGCUGGAUCGCUACUAUAUAGACAGCCUGUGGCUGCGUUGCUAUAA